CGAAGGAAAAUUAAAUUAAAUUGAGCUAAAUAUAGACAUCUUUAAGCUCCCAGUGGUGAAGUUUAGACCAAGUGCAAUAUGGCUGGACAAGAACUUCCUCUCGUUACGCAAGUUGCAGAGUUUCAAGACAUGGGGGAAAUUAACAAUGGCUUUGAUGACACAGACUUUCACAGACCAGCAGAUUCCAAUCUGCAGGCAGAACAUAGGGAUACGGCUAAUAUACAAGGAGACUACUUUGGAGCCACAGAACAUGGUAACUCUGCUGUUGUACCUGUAAGUGACCCAAAUUCAAGAAGUUUCGCUACUUAUUUUGAUGCCCCUGAUGGUCAUGUGAAUGUAGAGGAUAGCUCUGAUGCCCCGGACUAUGCAAUGUGCUGCUCUUGUUGUUGGAAAUAUGGUGGAAAUUCGGUUGACAUGGCUGCACACUAUACAGAUCUGCCUACUCUACAAGAGGAAAAGGAUUUAAGCACAAGUUCAGAAGAUUCAGCAGAAGUAAAAACGUACAUGGCUCAAAUAAGUCAUUGUUUGAAUACUAGCCAAAAGACAAAAGUCAUGAAUGAGUUAAUGUAUGUUGCUCGCACUGGAUUUGUUAACAGACUGAAAGUCACUCUAAAUGUGAUUAAAACGUGCUUGGAUAGCCAAUCUGCCAACCAGUUCCUGUUGCACGACUGUACAGGGGAGUUAAGUGAAACUCCACUUCAUGUUGCUCUUAUCUACAAUCAAACAGAAGCUGCAAAAAUUCUGAUUGAUCACGGAAAAGCCAAUCUGGUCAUGAAACCUUAUACCCACUGUCAUUAUGAAGGAACUACAGCGUUGCACUUUGCUGUUGUCAAUGGAAAUAUAGAAGCCAUUGAUAAAAUGGUGUCAGUACUGAAUGAUGAACAGAGGAGUGAGCUUCUGCAUACUGCAGCUACUGGGACGUUUUUUAAAGAGAAGUUCAAGGCCAGUGAGCUGCCUCUUACUCUCUCAGUGUGGUGUGGUUACAAUGAUCUUUUUGAUAAGUUGAUUCAGUAUGGUGCAAGUCCCUUUCAAACAGAGUCCACCACUGGAAACAAUAUCAUCCACUCCUUGGUUCUGUACUCUGAACAAAAUGCAGAUUUAGCAGUUCAGAUGUACCAUUUUGUGCUGAAUAGCUUCAAAUGUCAUUACCACUGUAAGGGAAUGAGAGAAAUGAGAGGAAACUCAAAUAUGAUGCCAGAGAGAAAGGGGGUUCGCUUCAUGCAACAAACUCUGCUACAGCAAUCAAAUAAGGAUGGUUAUACUCCUUUGGCAUUGGCAGCUAAGUGUGGUUUCCCUGAAAUGUUUCACAGUAUUUUAGGUACUGAAGGUGUGUACAAAUUUACACUGUGGCGAUUCGGUCCUGCAAAAUAUGAGCUGUAUGACAUGACUGAAGUUGAUACCCUGAAAAUAGAGGGUAAUUCCAGUGCUUUCGAGUUACUGAUAUAUGAACAUAAAUCCUUUGAAAGCAAAGGGUCCUUAGAAUGUCUACAGUCUCCCCCUAUCAAAAAGCUGAUAGAUCUCAAAUGGAAGAAUUACAGAGCAAUCCAUUAUACAUGGGCAAUGCUCCACCUUUUGUAUUCUAUCAUUUUCACUCUGUGUGCUGUGUUUAGACCUCUGCAACAACAGGCAUCUAAUAGCAGCUCUUCAUGUGCCUCAAGUACAACAUAUUAUACCAAGAGGAGCCUUGACAGUACUAUGAGUGAUGUCCAAGGGCAGCUUUUUAUGGCAGGUGCUAUAUUUGUAGUUAUCAUGGCAGUGUGUUACUUUGCCUUUGAGUGUGUAGAUGUAGCCUUGUCUCUUAAACUACUUUUUGGGAAGAGAAACUACAAACCCUCCAUGGCAGUCAUUUUCAAGCCAGAUCCCUUUCGUACAGUAUCAUGGUUUAGUUCUCUGUUUACCAUUACUUGGUUUAUUCUUCACAUGCUCCGCCAUGAUUCUGAAGACACUUUUCUUUCACUUGCUGUUGUCUUUACAUGGCAUUUUGGUCUGUUUUUCUUCAAAGCUAAUCAGAGUGCUGGUUUUCUCACUGUAAUGAUCUGGAAAAUGUUAGUUGGUGAUCUCGUUCUUUUUAUGGAAGUUUGCAUCAUUAUGUUACUGGCAUAUGCAACAGGGAUGUAUGUUGUGUACCAAGAGGCAGCUGAAGGUGUCCCUACUGAUAUGUCCUCAUUUGAACGAAGUCUUUUCAAAUUUUAUGAUUUGACCUUUGGUCUUGCAGAAUUCGAUGACACUGACAAGUCGCACUCUCCAGUGAUUGCAAGAUUAUUGUACAUGUUUUUUCUAGCUCUGGUGGUAUUACUCUUGCUGAAUAUGUUGAUAGCAGCUUUUAGUGCCACAUACAGCAAUAUUGACCAGUUGAAAGGAAUAGGUUGGAAAAAGUUGAGAUCAGAAGCCUUGUUAUUGAUGGAGCGAAGGUUGUAUGGACUUCAUGGUAAAAGAAUGGGAAGUGGAUAUGAGAUACAUAACAUUGAAAUAUGUGGAAAGAAGACAUAUCGCUGGUUUUUACCAGUUGAAAAUCUUGACUAUCACACAAUGAGUGGUUCAUCUAAGCCAGAAUAUUAUGAUAUAUGAAACAGUAUUAUUUUUGAAAAAAAUAUUUCAUUUCACUUACUGCCUUGAAAUGAUGAUAAUGACAUAUAUGACCGUAUAUGACUUAGAAACUCAAAAAGUCUAUCUCACUUUAUGUCCUCUAUUGAACAGCUUGCUCAUAGACAACUUUUUUGUCAAGACUUCCUGAUAUUUGCAAAUGAAAUAUUUUAUAUUGUCAUAUUAUAGAAAUCGGCUUGCAGUCUCUGUACUGGUAUGUGUGCUGCAUAUAUACACCUGUUUAUAAUUUUGAAAAUAAGCAGCCCCAUACAUUUCUGAAUUCUAAUUGCCAAAAACAUAUAGCUGUAUUAUAGAUGUCAAUAUGCAUUAAUUAUUAUUAAAUUUACAAUGUUCAUGUCAUUUAUAUUGCCUUUACAACAUUUACAUUCCAACUUUUUACAACAGUCAGCAAUUUUGCUGACACUCAUUUUUUCAUUUUGUAAUAUUUUGAAUGAUCUGAAUGGGGAUUAUAAUAUUAUUGUGUAUUCACAAAUAUAAAGAAAAAAUCCCCUGGUUUUGUCAACUUUAUGUACUUUGUAUGAUCUUUUAUAUUGUUCCUUGAUUUUUCUUUUUUCUUCUUUUGUUUUUGUUUUUUAAUGUAUUAUCGGAAUUAUAUUUUGCCCUUUUUCUUGAUUACAGUUAGGCCCUUUUCACAUUUUACAGUUUAAUUGCUGUAUCACACCAGUUUGACUGGUUCUGUCAUGUUAUUACCCUGUGAGGCUGUGUGUGUGUGUGUGUGUGUGUGUGUGUGUGCGUUUGUGUGUGAGAGAGUUAAUCCACUUUAAGAAGCCUCAAUGUACUACCAAUAAAAAUUAAUCUGGUUAACUGGCCACGUUCCCUAUUUGUCAAUAUACGUAAUAACCAGUCUAAUUAUUUUUUCCAAAAGAAUUAGUCUGCUGGAUCCUUUAAUAACAGUGACCAUCCUGAUUUAUUACAGCAUUUUACAUACAUAGAUUAUAAGUCAUACUUUUACAUACUGCAAAAUUGUGAUAAUUUAAA